GUUGUAUGUAAAAGCGAAAAAAACUGUGCAAAAAUGUUAGCUUUGAUCAACAGAAUAUUGGAUUGGUUCAAGAGCAUCUUCUGGAAAGAGGAAAUGGAAUUGACACUAGUUGGACUGCAGUAUUCGGGGAAGACAACAUUUGUUAAUGUUAUAGCUUCUGGUCAAUUUACAGAAGAUAUGAUUCCUACAGUUGGUUUCAAUAUGCGUCGCAUAACCAAGGGUAAUGUUACAAUUAAAGUCUGGGAUAUUGGUGGCCAGCCUCGAUUCCGUUCGAUGUGGGAGCGAUAUUGUCGUGGCGUUAAUGCAAUAGUAUAUAUGGUUGAUGCUGCUGAUUUGGAUAAAAUGGAAGCAUCCCGCAAUGAGCUGCAUUCGUUAUUAGAUAAGCCACAAUUAGCCGGUAUACCCGUAUUGGUAUUGGGUAAUAAACGUGAUCUUCCAGGUGCUUUAGAUGAAACUGGUCUCAUUGAACGAAUGAAUUUAUCAAGCAUACAAGACAGAGAAAUCUGCUGUUAUAGUAUUUCCUGUAAGGAAAAAGAUAACAUCGAUAUAACGCUUCAAUGGCUAAUUGCACACUCAAAGAGUCAAAGUCGUUAGGAUUUAACCACCGCACCCCACAGUGGCAA